AUGGCCAAAAUAGAGAAUGGCCGCCCGUCAGUGGACAUGGGGAGCAUCAGGACGCUUAACAGCAGUCACAUAGAAGACGAGAGCUCUCUGGGUUCCGACUCGGAGAUCAACGGCUUCACCAGCGAGAGGCAAACCGACAGAUAUGGCUUCAUCGGAGGGGCGCAGCAGUACUCCGAGGAGUCAGCUCAGGAUGUUCCUCCAGAGGUGCUCAGGCAACGGGAGGUGAAGUGGCUGGAUAUGCUCAGCCAUUGGGACAAAUGGAUGCUGAAAAGGUUCAAUAAGGUGAGACUCCGUUGUCAGAAAGGGAUCCCUCCUGCCCUCAGAGGCCGUGCCUGGCUCUACCUAUCAGGAGGGAAGGUGAAGAGAGAACAGAACCAAGGAAAGUUUCAGGAGCUGGACAGUCAACCAGGAGACCCUAAAUGGCUCGAUGUGAUUGAAAAAGAUCUCCAUCGACAGUUUCCUUUUCAUGAGAUGUUUGUGUCACGAGGAGGACACGGGCAGCAGGAUCUGUUUCGUGUUCUCAAGGCAUACACUCUCUACAAACCUGAGGAGGGAUACUGCCAGGCCCAGGCCCCUAUUGCUGCUGUUUUAUUAAUGCACAUGCCUGCUGAGGAUGCUUUCUGGGGGCUUGUCCAAAUCUGUGAGAAAUAUCUUCCUGGCUACUACAGCCCUGGCUUGGAAGCAAUCCAGUUGGAUGGAGAGAUCUUGUUUGCUCUGCUGCGACGAGUUUCCCCAAUAGCCUUCAGGCACCUGGAGAAACAUAAGAUUGACCCCGUCCUGUACAUGACCGAGUGGUUUAUGUGUGCCUUCUCCAGAACCCUGCCCUGGGCUUCAGUGCUGCGUGUCUGGGACAUGUUUCUCUGCGAUGGAGUCAAAAUAAUUUUCCGUGUGGGUUUGGUGCUGCUUAAGUGCACAUUGGGAACACGUGAGAAGCUGAAGACCUGCCAGGGUCUGUAUGAAACCAUGGAGCUCCUCCGGGCCAUCGACCCACGGUACAUGCAGGAGGGAUUCCUCGUCCGAGAGAUUCUCGAAGUGCCGGUGACAGCGCGAGACAUCGAGAGGGAGCACCACACCCAGAUCAAACGCUGGAAGAAAAACCGCGGAGAGCUUAACUUUAAGCCAGCUCCGAGGAUGCACGGUGCCCGCAUCAUCAUGUUGGCCGAACCACCCAGGCGUCAGGACCUGAAGCAGAACCCCACCAUCGUGCUCGAGGUGCCGGAGCCUCCCCAGCAGCUCAACAAAGGCAAAGAGGAGCGAAAGAGCAAGAAGAAAAAGAGCAUAAAGAAACCCCCCACCAUUGAGGAGAUCCCAAACCCGUACCCUCUCCCCACUGAUCCAUCUCCUCCAUCCUCAAAUCCACCCGCACCACCUCCAGACAGCAGCAGCGUGGCGUCGGAGACCCCACCUGAAACUAAAAUGGACUCCAAUAACCAGCAGACAGCGCCCCCUACAGACCCUCCUGCUGCCAACGAACCUGCUCUCCAGGAAUCCACACAAAGCCUUAGCAGCUCAGAGCAGGAUACGUACCUGUAGCUGUACAGCGGCGUUUUUGUACGUGUGUUUGUUUGCGUGUCUGUUAAAAGCACCAGCACCCUACAAUCAAAAGCCAGCCUUGCCAAGAUCUGUUCAGAUUUUUUAUGCUGUUCACACGCUGGACUUUUUUGGUUUGUAUUCAUUUUAAAACACAAGUUUGCCUAUAAUAUUCACAUAGUCUGGAAACUUAAGUGCAAAGUGUACAACUACUUAAAUCUUCCAUUUAGUUGGCCACAUUAAGCUGCAGGUGCCAUUAGAUGCUUAAAAUAUGUUCCUUAAUGCAUGUCUUUUUUUGCAAAGUGUUUUUGGAUUAUAUAAUAUAGAACUUAAAGAACAAGAACGUGCCAAAGGUAAUGCAGCUUUGACUCAUUGCUAACACUAGCAGUUAAUAUGGUGCUGAAAAUCACCACUGCUUUCAAUUUUUGAAAAUACUACUUGUUUGGUCCACUAGAGGGCACCAUCACACUGCCCUGAGCUGUGUGUCAUGUUACAAUUUCUAAACCUGUCCACGGUAAUGAGUCACUAAAUGUGCCCUUUUUUUUUUUUUUUUUUGUCCAUCACAGAUACUUUUUUUUUCUCAGUUGGACUCUUGUGCUGCGAUUAUUUAUUCAGUUAAAUCUUCCUGCAGCUGUCUUCCACCAACAGGGUUCUGCAUUGUUGGGACGGAGGACACUGGACAUUCCUGUUUGACACGUCCCUAUCUCCUUAAAUGCCAUUUACUUUUAAGUCCUUUAGGUAUUUGUUAAAUAAGAACAUUAAAUGACUGCGGAUCACCUAUCGGUGCUGACUUUUCCUCUGCGUUACUUGAGAGUUCGUGCAUUCCUAGGUCACUUUUUUUUUUUUUUUUUGGGCGGCUAGAUCUUCCAAAGAAAAAUGACUGUUCUGAGACUAUCAAUGUUACAUCUACAGGCCUUUGCUGUGUGUACAGCUAAUGGGGUUAAUGGGAUUUCCAUAUGGGAGAUUUGUAGCAGUUUUCUUUGUAAUUACUUAUAUGGAGAACUUCAGGUCUAUUGAGGGUUUUUUUAGCCUUUUUUUUAAAACACAAAAUCGGUGUCAUUCCAGUUCUUUAUCACUAAAUAUAAAAACCCACUUGUAAAUGUGAGAGUGAGUAAGAAAAAAAUAUAUAUAUAUACAUAUAGAUAUCUGUAAAAAAAAAUUAACUAAAAAGAUGAGAAAGCAGUGAGGAAUAAAAGGUUGACAGCUGUAUAUUGUUUGCAAUUUAUCUUUCUGACAUUGUUCCUUUUUAAUGUUUAAAUGCCUAUUGUGUAGAUAUGACAUGUACAUUUUUUCUUAAAAAAAAAAAAAGAAGCUUAAUGCUAAAUGUUUGAUUAGAGGUUGAAGAAAGUGCCAUCUUUCAAUCAGAACAGGCCAAUUUGUAACACUAGGAGAAAAAAAUGGUAAAAAUGUAGAGUUUGCAGGAAACUUUCCACUUUACUCACUUUAAAAAGAAAAUUGGAAUUUUUUUUACUUACACUAGGUUAAUACAGGAGUUAUUAAGUUACGAUACAUGUUUUUGGUAUUUCUCGCUCGAAACCUUUCUUUUUGCACUUUUGAUUGCCAUCUGCCAGUAAUGCAAUGUGCCCUGUUGACCAGUAGAGGGCGCACUCACUGCUUUGAACUGUCCUCUACUGUGGGAUGCGUUAACAUAUUUUUGCACCAUUUAUACUUAGACUAAAUAAAUAUAACUUCAUAUUUCCAUGACAUUUGUACACAUGCUACAGCUCCCAUUUUGAAUAAACUAUAAAUCUACAUUAA